UUGUGAUUGUGUGAUUGUCGUGAUUAUGCCCGAGGCCGUCUGUAACUUACGCCUUUCAGGUGGCGGGGAAGGAAAUGUGGAGGCACUUUAGCACUGUAAAGCUUAAAAUUCCUCUUAUCGCGCUUUAGGAGAUUUUGAAUUUCCCCUCUUGAAGGAGUUACUCCGCUCAACGAACUCCUUAAGGGCUGAAUCUGACCAGCAAUGCAACGGGACACCCCUUCUCAAACAAAUCCAAUGAAAAACCUUUCUUGAAGCUGAAGAUCAAACGAUCAUCUCUAGCCAAACUUCAUCGCUCUCAUGUCGAGAUCAAGACCGGAAGAAAUUCAACCUGAACAUACCCCACACAAAAGUGCAGGUACUUGGAUCAUAAAAGAUUGCAUUGAUGCUUUGAUACAUGCUGUUCAUGUCGUGGCAGAAUCAAUUGCUUUGCUCUUGGGCAUGCAUUUUAUGCUCAUCUUACAUCUCGUUCAUCUAGUCGCAAGUACUUCAAUUCAAGGUGCAAGCGAUACAGGCACCGAACAACAAAAUAGACAAGAUACCAAUACAGAACCACAAAAUCGACGCAAUAGAAUCAGAAGACCGGAAUUGAAUCGUGCAAAUAGAAGAUUGACCUUCGAAGCAGGUGCAUCAUUGCAUCUACCAGCAUUAGGACCAAGGCCGAUACACGAAACAGUUCCUCCAAUCCGUCAACCGUUACUACACAAAAUCUUGGCAUCGAUCGACGAAUUUUGCAGUGCAUAUAUCGACCCUUGCUGUGUAAAGAUUCAAAAGAUGGCCAACAUCUUUGAGCAGAAGGGCGGUUAUGCCGGCAGGGUAUUCUCAAGCCUUCGUCGGUCAGAAUUGAAACUCAGUCCAUCAAAUCUCGACAAGCUUCCACCAGAGAUUGUCACACACAUUCUCUUACUUGCUGCAACGCCAAACACUCCACAAGCAAUACCGACAAAGAUUGCCCUUCUCUCUAAAAGAUAUCAUCGAAUGAUCACUUCGCGGUUAUACGCAAACGUGCAUUUAUCCAAUCCUACCGUGUUUAGACGAUUUCGGAUGACGCUUGCUGUACACAAUCCAUCAUUAGGUCAACAUGUACGAUCUCUGGCAGUUGCGUCAAAGGAGUUUGAUUCAGACGGAUAUAUGCCGGAUCAAGUAGCCGAACAUGUUACAUUGGGUAUCGGAAUCGAACAAAUUCUGUUGGCCUCGCCUAAUCUGCAACAUUUGUUCUUGGAUCUGUUUUCGUUGGCUUCAUUGUUCAACGGGACAGCAUCAAGAUUAGAAAAAGGUGCAUUACCAAUCUCGCUAAACACAGAAUUUAGCUUACCGCAAUAUCUCACCUUGCCAACAUUUGCAAAUCUCAAGCACGUUGAAUUGACUGUUUUUGGAUUGGAUAACAAUGCAGUAGAAUGGUUCCGUCAAGUAUUACCCCGGUUACAAAGUCUCACGAUUAGAUGGGUCACUCGCCGUCAUGGUGGAGUAGCUCUAGGAAGUGUAUCUGAAGAAGACGAUUGGGAUGUAGAUGAUGAUUCCGAUCUAAGCAAUGAUGAACGUACCGAUUGGCAAGAAGGCGGGAAACGUCAUGGCGACUUUAUGAUGUUUGUAGAAGCGAUCGAUUUACUGAGACGAUGGCCGUAUCACAAUGGUCAAAGGGAAGGUCAACAGCUCAAAGCGGUAAGCGUGCUCGCAUGGCCAAAGGCAUAUCGCGAAUUGAAGAAGCAUUACUCAAAGACAAAGGAUGUAUAUGUAGAAGGGGAAGAGAGUAUAUGGGACACAAGCGGUAAUGAGCGUAUGUGGAACAAGAGCCUUCCGUCGGGGAUGCAUUACGAUGUGGAAGAUGAGACAAAUAAUGACUCCGUACCAUCUACUCCAGGUUAUUUCGAUCAAGAUCGUCAACCUUUUGAGCAAUUCACCACACCCUCAUCCAUUCAGACUCCAAUCACGCCGAACGCAUCUUUGCAACCUGCAAGAUUGCGUAUUGGCAAAGAUCAUUCCUUUUCGUCUGGUCCUAGAAGAGGUCCAUUGAAUGAUUGGACGUAUAAACAACAAGUCAAAGCCUGGUCAUCAUAAAGUUUUGUAUUUUCUUAUCGUUUUAGGUUUCUUUCUGUAGCAUAGAUUUCUUGAAUAAUAUAAAGAUUUUGUGUCUCAU